UUACAUUGGGUGUCAAUAUAAAGUGACGGCCAUUUUUGCCGGUGCCCCCGCGCUGUAAACAAAAAGUGUCGGAGGAGGACGCUUCAGUGAUUUCAGGACGUUUUUAUUUCUUCACAUCAUCAUGUCUCUGGGAAUGUCUUACAAACCAAACCACCACCAAAAUGUUCAGGGAACUUCCGUGAAUCCGGUUGUUGGGACGGUACAUUCUCAUUCUCCGUCUUCAAGUCUUGGAAAUGUUCAGACUUACCGUCCCAUUGUCAACGACUAUGGACCGCCGUCUUUGGGAUACCCCCAGAGUGUACUGUCCCAGGGCACGAGUGGGUCGCAGGUACCCCAGAGCAAGUAUGCUGAGCUCCUGGCCAUCAUCGAGGAGCUGGGCAAGGAGAUACGGCCCACCUACGCCGGCAGCAAGACCGCCAUGGAGCGGCUCAAGAGAGGUAUUAUCCAUGCGCGAGGCCUGGUACGCGAAUGCUUAGCUGAGACAGAGAGGAACGCCAGGUCCUGAAAACCUUCUGCUCUUCGUCCAUCCUGUUUGUUCCUUCCUUCCAGUCAGAUCCCAUCUCCUUUCUAACACGAACAAUCAAUGAAGGCCACUGCUGACAGCAGUGGCGGUGGUGUACUGUACGAAUGGAUGUGCAAUGCAUAUGUGUCUAUGUGACUGAUAAGGGACAAAAACACACAAACACAAACAGGGAAAAUACAUGUAUAUUUUAUCCACACAGAAAGCUCUUGAACUUACAGUAUGUUCCCAUUUUGGGAAUAUUCUGAUUUCUUUUUUUUUCCAAUAGUAAUGAAACUUUUUUGCAUGUUACAAAUUAAAGUUGUGGUCCACGAUUCUUUUUUUCCCACCUUGUGAAAUCCAGUAAAACUGUUACUCGAGGUGGUCUAGAUGUCUUGAGAUGUCUUUGGGUUCCUGAGUCAUUGCAGAAAUAAUGUGACUUCUAGGGUGAAAUGGCAGCAAAGUAGAGUAGAAGACCAGACACUCCGGCUAAAUUAGGUGGAGUAUCAGAUGGGUUACUCUACUCCACUACUACUUUACUACAACAGUCAUCCUAUAUGUCUUUCCAACAACGCAAAAACAAAAAAGACCACAUAUACAGGCUACCUUUAGGGGAAAAGGGCUCAUAUUUUACAUAUUAAUGUUAAUGUUAUAUAAUCUGAUUAAUGUGCUACCCUUUAUGUUGCUGUAAGUACUGUAUGGUGCACUGUAUGUUGUAGAGCUAGAAAAUACCUUUCCGUCAGCACAAGAUGAGCCCAUUUCUUGUGACUUGCAUGGAAGGGAACAAAGGUGUAGUAUAUGCGUGUCCACACAAAGGUUUCAAACUUUAUGAAGUUUUUAUUUUACUCGAUAUUGAUGCAAGAAUUAUGCAAAAAUCAGUUUUGUAGCUCUCUCCUACAGCAGCAUGCCAGUGUCCAGUCCCUUGAAACCUGUGCCGACGAGGGGCGCUGUGGCGUAGCGCGCUAAACUCCCCACAUUUGGGCUUGCAUGCCCACCCUCGGGGACCCCAGUUCGAAUCCGGCCGGGGUCAUUUCCCAGUCCUCCCCUGUCUCUCUGUCCCAUUCGCUUCCUGUCACUAUCCUCAACUGUCCUGUCAAAUAAAGGCAUAAAAGCCCCUAAAAAUACUUAAAAAAAAAAAAAUAAAAAAAAACCUGUGCCGACGAGAUAGGAUGGUGUCUGCCAUGACUCGGAGUAACCCAUACGUCUCUCCAUAAGGCCACAUAGUACUUGAAAAUAACCCCCAAAAGAAUCGUGGACUUCGACUUUAAUGGCCACAGGGCCUGAAAGUUGCAUGGUCUCUGGAGAGAAACUAAUCUGCAAACAAUGCACCACAGAAUAAUAAUCAUGAUGAAAUCAGUGCCAAACUCACACUGAAUGGAAAAGUAGUUCAGAAGACACUUGUUGCAUCUUUUUUGUUGGUGUUUAUUACUGAGUGUAAUAAAUAAAACAUAUUUUCAGAUAUG